AUGGAUUGGGCCGGCGUUUCAAAUCAAUUCAAAAAAACUUGGAUAACAACAUUGCUUAGUUUUGUAUUAUUUCUGGGAGUAACUUAUUUUUUGCUGUGGGCAGAGAGUCAGACUAUUCAAAGUAACCUAAUGCUAGAAGAGUUAAUCUCUAAUGCAGAGAGUAUUGAUGUGCACACAAGUGACGAUGCUGCCCGCUAUGAAGGUAGAAUUGUACAUAUUAUUGGACCUCUUCGUAUAUUGGAACCUAUAUCUGAACCCGACUACAAUAUUCAAGUACAGGCUGUUAAGUUAAGAAAAAGGGUGCAAAUGUAUCAAUGGAUAGAGGAAUCAACAGAUAAGGAGAACUUCCUUAGUGAACCAGGUGAAGAAUCGCAAAAAACAUAUUGGUAUCACAAAGACUGGAGAGAUUAUAUCAUUGAUUCAUCACUGUUUUACAUAAGACCAGGACAUCACAACCCUACGUCUAUACCUAUCUUCAGCGAAACACAUAUUGCAGAGAGUGUGAAAAUCGGAUGGUUAUAUUUAGGUGUUGAUGUUAAACGAAAAGUAAAUGAUUAUUAUGAGAUAUGGUCCGAUACUAGACCAGAACGCAGCGACAUUAAGCUGCAUUCAGGCUUUUAUUAUCAUGGUGCAAGUGCGCUUGAGCAUGAGGUUGGCGAUCUUCGUAUUCAUUUUUCAUAUGCUGGACGCGAGGAUGAUAUUUACACUGCUGUUGGAGUUGUAGAAGUUGGGGUUCUACAGCCAUAUAGUCCCGCGAAUUUCCCAGCAGCUGACCCCAUAUCGUUGCUGCGAAAAGGUUCCUACAGCCUUAAGCAGAUACAUGAACUGGAGAAAUAUGAUGCAAACGUCCACACAUGGAAGUACAGAUUCCUUGGCCUGGUGCAGGUGUUUGCAUCGGCUAUGACACUACAUCCUGAUUGGGUUACUCUCUUUUUGCAGUGUAAGUGGAUAUCAAGUGCUCUGCGACGUUCUACAAGGGUGUGGGUCAAUUUGGUGCUUGCAUUCUCAUAUACAUUGUUUGUAAUGUCUAUACCAUGGCUGAUCCACAAGCCCACCUUCGGGGCGAUGGUGCUGGGCGGUGCGGUGCUGCCGUUGCUGCACUACUCCACGCUGGUGGCACGGCACGAGCCCCUCAACGGUGCGGGGUACGGGUGGCCGGGAAAC